GAUUUGUUCAUAUAUAUAUAUUUUCAUUUUGAGAGUGUUACGUAUUAUGACAGCAAGUUCGAUGUUUUAUUAGCAUUAGCUAGUUGGCUUUGAUAAUCUAACUUGAUGUCUUUGCUAACGGCUAAAGGCUAGCAAGUACAGCCAAGCAAGGGAAACAAGUUAGUUUGUCUAUUUACUUCUGCUGCGUUUGCAUUAUCUCUCUCUUUAGAAAUGGCGUCGGUAACGGCGACAGAACCAGCGAUAUGCCCGGCUGCGAUAUCAGCAGCAGAGUCCAUAGUGCCCGCUUGUAUGUUUGCACCUGACCGGGGAUGUGCGGACGAUCCACCCGGGGGAGAGGGCUUUGAAGACGGCGAGGGCACAAACGGCGAAUCCGCGGAUCAUUUAGACUUAAGCAGUAAGCUGGUCCUUGUGAGUCCAACAGGGGAGCAGUAUGAUUCAUUACUACGACAUUUGAGGGAGCGAAUAGAGGAGGGCUGUGGAGAGACAAUAUAUGUGGUUGGAAUGGGCUCAGAUGGAGGUGACUAUGGUCUGGAUGAGAAGGACAUGGAGGCGUCAGUAGCCACGGUGCGGUCACUUUGCGAACAGAUUGAGGCUGACCUAAUUUUGCUAAGGGAGAGGACAGACACCGGCGGAAAGAUUCGAGACUACCUCAUCCGACGGCGUGUGGGCGAACAGGAUUUCCUGGAAGUUAGAGUGGCGGUUGUGGGGAAUGUGGACGCUGGAAAGAGCACUCUGUUGGGGGUUUUGACACAUGGUGAGCUGGACAAUGGCAGAGGCUUCGCUCGCCAGAAGCUCUUCAGACACAAACAUGAAAUGGAGAGUGGCAGGACCAGCAGUGUGGGCAAUGAUAUCCUGGGCUUUGAUCAGGAGGGACAGGUGGUGAACAAGCCAGACAGCCACGGUGGGGGCCUAGACUGGACCAAGAUCUGUGAGAAAUCCUCAAAGGUCAUCACCUUCAUCGACCUGGCUGGCCACGAGAAGUACCUCAAGACCACUGUCUUCGGCAUGACUGGACACCUGCCUGAUUUCUGCAUGCUCAUGGUUGGCAGCAACGCUGGCAUCGUUGGCAUGACCAAAGAGCAUCUGGGUCUGGCACUGGCCCUCAAUGUACCAGUGUUUGUUGUGGUUACUAAGAUAGACAUGUGUCCGGCGAACAUACUUCAAGAGACGCUAAAAUUAUUACAGAGGUUAUUAAAGUCACCGGGCUGCAGGAAAAUCCCGGUGUUGGUCCAGAACAAGGAUGAUGUCAUCGUCACAGCCUCCAACUUCAGCUCCGAGAGGAUGUGUCCAAUUUUCCAGAUCUCAAAUGUGACGGGGGAGAACAUGGACCUGCUGAAGAUGUUCUUGAACCUCCUGUCAUCUAGGACUACGUUUAGCAAUGAUGAGCCUGCUGAGUUCCAAAUAGAUGACACAUACUCAGUACCGGGUGUAGGCACGGUAGUUUCAGGGACUACGUUACGUGGAUUGAUACGGCUCAACGACACGCUGCUCUUAGGCCCAGACCCACUUGGCACCUUCAUCCCCAUCGCUGUUAAAUCCAUCCACCGUAAACGGAUGCCUGUCAGAGAGGUUCGCGGUGGUCAGACGGCGUCCUUUGCCCUCAAAAAGAUCAAACGUUCGUCUAUAAGGAAAGGAAUGGUGAUGGUCUCUCCGAAGUUGAUGCCACAGGCCACCUGGGAGUUUGAGGCUGAGAUUUUGGUCCUGCACCACCCAACUACGAUAUCCCCGAGAUACCAGGCCAUGGUCCACUGUGGCAGCAUCAGGCAGACAGCCACCAUCCUGACUAUGAACAAAGACUGUCUGAGGACAGGGGACAAGGCCACAGUUCACUUUCGCUUCAUUAAGACUCCAGAGUACCUGCACUGUGACCAGAAGCUCGUGUUCAGGGAAGGACGCACCAAAGCUGUGGGCACCAUCACCAAGCUUCUCCAGUCUGUGAACACCCUGGCAGCUAAGUCCCAGCAGUCCAAGACACAGGCCAAUAAGAAGACUUCUAAAGAGGGUGCAGCAGCCAAUGAGGAGGCUGGAUCAGCGGCACGGCCACCUAGUCCUACCACAGCACAGCUCAAGACAGGAGGCGGAGGACGCAGGAGAGGAGGUCAGAGACAUCGAGGGAAAGGCCUGAACGCAGCAACAAUCUCUACAGCAGUGCCUGCAGGAGCAGCAGGCACAGCGUAAAAGCACAACCUUUCACUUCCUUUCCUUUCCUCUCUCCUCUUCACGUGGAGGGAAAGUGGCUGCAUGGCCCUCUGGUGGUUGUGCACAGACUGACUGCACAUUUUUUCUUUAAUGUAAGAUUAUUACUCAGCAAUUUUGAAGCAUAGAGGUGAAUUCAUUUCCACAUGGAGUCAGUUUAGAGCUUUAUCGGCGUAUUUACUUAUGGGCUGCUCAGUUUUAUUUCAGUUAACUGCAAUUUGUAGAUUACAUUAUAGAACAUUUUCUUUUGUAAUACAGAGGUUCCGGGGUGUUCAUCUUGUCUGUAGUUAAUCAGAACUUCUUUUAAAGCAUCAGCUGUUUUUCCCAGCCAGCAGAGGCAUCAGUCACUUUCCCUGCCUUAACAUUUUCCACCCGUUAAGCUACUUCUUUUUUUUUUUUUCUGUUGCUCAUCUUCUCUUCCACGUUCAGCUCAAAUUAACUUUCAUUAAUGCACCUUUUUCCGGACGGCCGUCUCAUCAGUCAUUUGAGGUGAUAGAUUUUGUCUCCACUUGCUGAAAAACGCUAUUUUUUCUUUGAAAAAGCUCCAAACUGGCAGUUUGUAUUCGCUUUGGGAAUGGACUGAAAUGAAAGGGAACUGAUGCCAAACCUGAGGGGUACAAGUGUCUAACAUCAGCUAAACGAUGGAUCAGAUGUAGCUGAUGUGUUAGUUCACCCUGCCGCCGUUCUGGGUGGUAGCUAAUGUUGAUCUCUGGUAAAAUCCCCUGCUGAGGAUUUUUCUUUUUGACUCGUGUAAUAGAGAUGGCGUUGGGUAAAAUUUGUGGCCAGUGAACUUUAAAAUUUUUUAUUUCUUGCCCUGGGAUUGUAGCCACUAAAGCAGCAUUUACCAGUCCUCACCUGUCAUGAAACACAUUCUCGUGCAUAAAGACAAAGACAGUCUCUCAUUAAUUUGAUAAUCCUGCAGUAGAAGGAUAAUUUUAUAAAUUUUAUAUGAAGCCUUUUUUCAAAGAGCCCAUGUUGAAGUUUUAUUGGAUCCAUGCAGCUGAGAAAGAAAAGGUCUGAAUUGCCAAAAUAGCUUUGUCAUGUGUUAACAUGGUGCAGGUCCUUGUGCAGUCACCUACUUAGUUUGCACUCAGUACCUAAUAAACCGGCAGCUGAGUGUAGCUGAAGACAAGCAGGCAUAAGCAUGACUUUCUUCUGUUUGGACACAGUCUGAUCAACAAACACCCAGAGGCUGACGCUCCCAUGCACAAAAAUAAUUCAUCCAGUAUUUUUAGUACUUUAAUACAAAAACUCAAGUGGUGUUUAACACCUAAAUGUCAAAAGCCAAGUAAGAACAUGUAUUCUACUGUGACUAAUCUCAGCACAGGAUCUCUUUUACUCCAUAUGAAUCAGCAAAUCUAAAUAUUUAUUAGACACAGGUGGUGGAUUUCUUAUAUAUGAUGUAUGAGAGAUAAAAUUCUUUUUGGUACGUACAGUACCAGUGAUGUACAGAUGGUUCUGUAUUAUUCAGUUUUGACUCUGUGGCAGUCAAUCAGCCAGAUAAACCCAUGAGACAGAAUUUGUAUGGGUCUAAAUGGAAAACCCAGUGGUGCACAAGUUAAAAAUGCAAGUCAUCUCAUUUUGUCCCUAAUAAGCCACCAUGAGCCAUUGGCCGCAUCAGACUAAGCUAAAAACUUAUUGCCACUGACAGUUACAGCCAUUUCUUUUUUCCACUGGUCUUCCACUCUUCCCAGUUUAGAGUUUUAUAUUGGUUGUCACAGUUAGAGGGCCCUUUUUGUUGUUCAUCACUCUCCCCUUUCAUAUAAAUACUAUAAUUUCGUACUGGUCAAUUUGGCCUCAGAGUCUUUGAGGCUCUUGAAUUAACCAUUUAAUGACGAUCACCAACUCGCUGAACUGCCAGAACAUUUCCCCUCGUUUCCGUUUCCGACUCUUUUCUUACUGCAUGGAUUUAUUUUCGAAGGGACACAUUUUGUGUGUAUGUAUGUACAAAACUACAAGUUGUGCAGAAGAACUAAGGAUAAAAAAAAAAAAAGAUGCCAUUUAAAUUAAGUGGUGCCA